AUGUGUACGCUUAUCGCGGGCCAUCAUAUCGCUGAGCAUGAAUAUUGGUGGGGAAGUUGUGUUGUGCUGUAUAUGCUUAUCGUGUUGUUCCGCAUUCCUCAAGUAGCCGCUAUUUCCAACGAGAAUGAAGCGAACAGCGACUUCACUACAGCAGCAGCACCACCACCAUCGGAAUCUAAUCGCUCACUGCUUAUCUAUAUGUGUAAUGUUAUGUGUUGUGAUUGUGGUCUCUGUCAGUAA